GAAAAUCUAAAUCUAAAUCAAAAUGAGUUCCUAUACUUCACCUUCUUCUUCUUCUUCUUCUUCUUCUUCGCUCCAAGUUUUGCCUUCACCUUCAUCUUCAACCUUAAGACUAGCCAUCAAAUUCAAAGCCCUUUUGCAGACUCUCAUUCUCUCUUUAGCUAGAGCAAUCUCCCGAGCCAAAACGACGGCGUUCCAAUCGGCCAAUAUAGCUUUGAAGAGGAACAAGAAAAAGCUUCUCUAUGGCUCCUUUAGACUUCACUACAAUUGGUGUUCUGUUUCUUCCAAUAAAUAUUCUCACGUGACUCCGGCAGUUCUCACGUUCGACCACGGUAUCGGCUGUGGCGCCGGAGGCGAUCAACUUGGUGGGUAUUUGCAAUGGCUUGAGGAAAGAGAUGUUAAUAAAAAGAGUAAUAAUAAUAAUAAUAAUAAUGUUGAAGAUCGUGAAGAGGGUGUCAAUGAGAUUGAUAAGUUGGCUGAGAUUUUUAUUGCAAGAUGUCAUGAGAAAUUCAAGCUUGAAAAACAAGAGUCUUAUAGGAGAUUUCAAGACAUGAUGGCUAGAAGCUUUUGAGGGUUCCAUUGUUUUAAUUUCCAUCUCUUUAAUUGUUAGUUGAUGAUUAAAAAUUUAUCCAAUUGUAGAGGAUGAUAUGGACUAAAAUGGUGAGAUAUAAUUUCUUUCAA